GUGACGUCACACGUUGCCUGUUGAGCCGCGGCGGUUCGGCCGAGUGCGGCCGCCAGCCGAUCGGGCAGUGCGAGCGCGAGCGCUGAUGCGCGUGGGAGGGUGGGUGCGUGUGCGAUCAUCAUCCCAGUGUCGCCAAAAUGAGUGGUAUCCAAGACCGGUUCAACAGUGUGAUGAAAAGUUUUGCGAGGAAGGAGAAGCAGCCUGACACGGAGGUGGUGGCGGAUGAACCAAACGACAAGGAGAGCCACUUCAAACGCGUAAAGGGCUCUGACCCCCGCGCCGCCACGUGCCGGGGCAAGCUCCAGCACAAGCGGUCCAAGCUGAACCAGGACAUCAACAAACACCUGCUGCUGCGCCAGGGAGCCGAAAACCUGCUCAGAGCCGCGGAGAAUAAGAAGGUUCGCCAGGCGGUGGCUCUGGAGCUGAGUUUUGUCACCUCCAACCUGCAGUACCUUCGAGAAGAGCUGUCAGAUCUGAACAGCUCCGUCGAGAUCUACCAAGGCCAGGACAACAGUGGAACACCGUACAUUCCUAUGAUUCCGUUUGGACUGAAGGAGACGAAAUACAUCGACUUCGGAGACGCUUUCAAGGACUUCAUUCUCGAGCACUACAGUGAAGAUGCUGAGAAAUAUAUCGGCUCCAUUCAGGAUUUCACCGACAUUCGACAGGCGAUGCGCACCCCUCAGAGGAACCAGAACGGCCUAGCUCUGCUGUUUGAGUAUUACAACCAGCUCUACUUCAUCGAGAGACGCUUCUUUCCACCGGAUCGCAGCCUCGGCAUCCACUUCGAAUGGUACGACUCACUGACGGGCCUCCCCAGCUGUCAGCGUACAGUCGCCUUCGAGAAGGCCUCCGUGCUGUUCAACAUGGCGGCUCUGUACAGUCAGUUGGCAGCUCGCCAGGAGCGAGGAACCCAGGAGGGUCUGGACAGCGCUGUGGACAGCUACCUGAGGGCAGCAGGAAUCUAUAGGUACAUCCUGGAGAACUUCUCGAACGCUCCGAGCCGGGAUCUGGACGCCGAUGUACUGGACGUGUUGUCGAACUUGUUGCUGGCACAGGCCAAGGAGUGCCUGCUGGAGAAGCUGCUGCUCCCUCAGGAGAAGCUAGACCUGAGCGCUCAGCUCGACAUUGGCCAGGAGGCGGCCCAGGUUUCGGAGACCUACCACCGCCUGCGGGAGCAGAUGGCAGCACCGUCUGUUCAGGAGUCGCUGCCGCUCUCCUGGCAGCAGCUGAUCCACAUCAAGGAGGUCUACUACACCGCCCUAUCGCACCACCACUUCGGAGUCGGCCUUCUGGAGCACGAGGGGCCGCUGACCCGCCGGGUGGCCGACACCCUGCAGCUCUCCCAGCGGGACCGGGAGGGACAGCUGCUCAGCGUCGAGCACAAGGUGCCCAAGAACACGGCCCAGAAGGAGUACCUCGCCAAGUGUCACCUGCACGAGGCGAUCGUGUUGCACGAGGAGGCAAUGCGUCUGUACCGGAUGGCCCGGGAGCUGAAGAAGAGGGAGAUGCUGCACCACGUGCUGCGCCUGGGGCUGGACCUCAGUACCGAACAGUACACCCUGCUGCAGCGGGAGGACGACUUUGACGAGCCCGUUGAUCCGCCCGUCAUCACAGGCUCCUCCAAGUACCAGCUGUCGCUGCAGGCCCCGGACUUCAGUCGGUACCAGGUAGCGGACCUGUUCCGCAGCCUCGGCCCGGUCGAGGUGUUCUCGGCACACCACCACUGGUCCGCGCCCCGUGCUGUGCACAUCGAGAGGAGAGCCGGCGAGGGGCUCGGCUUCAGCGUCAAGAUGGAGGCGCCCGUUGUGGUGGUGGGAGUGGAGCCGGCCGGCCUGGCCGAGCGAGUCGGUCUGAAGGAGGGCGACUACAUCGCCGGCAUUGACGACGAGGAUCUGAAGUGGGCCAGCCACACGGAUGUGGUGGCUCACAUUCGGCGGGCCGGCUCCCAGUUUACGCUGCACAUCAUCACACCCAUGGAUAAGACGGAGCCGACCCCGGAGCCGCCGCGGCCACCGGCGCUGCCGCCGCUCUCCGACAAGACCUGGGGCUCGCUGUCCAGCUCUGGCGUCAGCUCCGGUGUCUCCAGCCGAAAACCCAGUCCAGCCAGCAGCCUGGCCAGCCAGAACAGCAAGGGCUCGGCCAAACGGCACUCGUGGAACCCGUUCAAGAAGGGGCCGCGCUCCGACCACCCGGAGCUGUACAGCAGCAACGUCGUGCUCCGGUGAGGCGCCGGUGCCGACGAAGAAGCAUCUGUACAUACGUCAUCGCCCAAUCGUUUGUGUGAGUGGCCGCGAGAGAAUGUGCCCGGCGGCUACUUUGGGUCGCUCGCCUCUGAAGCGAGCUGCCUGUAGGUGGCAGCGCUGUCGGAUCUGCAGCUGUAGGUGGCGGCACCGUCGCGCCGGUCGGCGCCCGCCACAGGCCAGUGUGUGAGCUCGUGGAGCGGGCCGAACAGCUGAGCGCGGGGCCGCUCAGCGCCGCUGGCCGUACGAGGCCGGCCUGUGCAGCAGUGUGCUAUCUUGCCGGCGGCCAGGAGGGCUGCCAUAUGAAGGAACUGUGUCCGUUGGAUAAGUGUUUCCCAGUGACGCGAUGUGUUGACAUUUAAAGGAAUUUUAUCAUGGUUGAUAGUGAACCGUCAUUUUAGUGUAAUGGUAUCAAUUAUCACCUGAUGAUUAUGUGCAUCAACCAGGGGCCAAACCACCUCACGCGAGUGCGUGUAUGUGCGCGAGUGUGCGAGUACAAUGGUGUGUAAUGUAUGACUGCUCGAGCGGGUGUGAUUGUUAUCGACAACAGCAGCUGAGUGUGAAAGUUAUGCUAUUGUGAUAUUUGUAAUCGCCAGCGCUAUCCAUCGGACCAAUUCAGAGGUCCGCUGUAGCUGAAAUGUGUAUAUUCAAUAAAUACGUGUCGCAUCUA